AUGGAACCCGUGCUGAAUCAUCCACUCGUUUACUCUCAGCGGAAACCCUCGCCAGCCUUCCCAAAUCGUCGCCCAUUCGCUGCUCUGGAAAAUGUUUCCCAUCCUUACCUCCACCCGGCACGCCACCGUGGCUUGCCGCAAAGCAUUCAAACGCGAGAGGCAUAUACGACUAGCGAGUCCGUUCAAACUCGUACAAGUCUCGCCAAUCGACAUCAUCGUGCUUCUGGCCCGCCACCUCAGAUCAGAACCUCGCGCAAGCCUCCGCCUCUUGAACACGUAGCCCAACACCUCUUGAAGAUCACCGAACCACUCUUGCACCCAAAUCCACUCCUUCAUGAACUCAUCAUGUGGCAGAAUUCGCAGUCGAGAAAGACCAGACACCGUGCCCAAAAUCCUACCGGAAAUACCACGACUAGCUCUCAAGCAGUAGCCCCCGACUGGAUCGAUUCCCACAUCACCAAAGUGACCAAUGCCGCUCUUGUCAGCUUACCUUUCAAGUCUGCGGGACUUCACCGGCCGGCAGCGACGAACGAGCGCGGAGUCCAAUACCGUUCCAUCAAAGGUGACAAGAUCCCCUCAGCUCAGCAGCUCGAUAACGUACUGUACCCACCACUCGAACCCGUGGCUCGUCAAUUCCAAAACGCUAUGGCCUCUAAGAAAGUCAAAAUACCGGUCCCAGAUGUGAUAGAUUUGACUAUGAGCGACGACGACGAGGAAGCGGCCAAGGAAAAGGCCAAAUCUCAAGCCAAGCCAAGACGCCUCGUUACUUCGACGUUUGCUGCUGCGGCCUCCAUGUCGUCUCCUCCACCUUCAAGUCUGCCGAUUGGUAAUACCUGUGUAUUCUGUGGGACCCCGUGCAAGGCAGAGAUAAAUGCGACUUGGCUGGGGUUCUGCAAUGAGUGCUAG